AUGAGCGGACUCGCAGACGAACUCCUCGCCGAUCUCGAAGGCUUCUCUGGCGGAGAGGAAGAGGAAGAGGAGCAGCAGAAUGUCCCCUCGCCUCUCGCCUCCUCCUCAAAUGGUCUCAAGCGCAAAGCAGCAGGCGAUGGCGACGAGGACAUGUCAGACGAUGAUGCCGACGACGACUCCCCCAAAUGCCCCGAUGGAAAGCCCAUAGAGGUCGGUGGCCUCGUUCUCGAGGGAGGAAUAAAGCCUGCCGAAGAACUCGAUGCAGAGGAUGUUCAGCGCAUGGAGCUCGGAGGCAUCGAGGAUGUUAGCAAGAUUGCCAAGCUCGAGGGCAGCAAGCGUAUGAACGAUAUCCUCAAGGAUAUUGACAAGUACCAAGCAAACCCAACUCCCAAUGCUCAAAUGGCCCUCCCUGCUCAUUUAAAUCCAGAAUAUAAUGUCAUUGUCCAGGCAAACAAUCUUUCCGUCGAUGUCGAUAACGAAAUUCUCGUCGUGCACAAGUUCAUCCGCGACCAUUAUGCCCCUCGCUUCCCAGAACUUGAGCAGCUCGUCACAGAUCCGGCCAUGUACAUACGCUCCGUACGCGCUCUGGCCAACGUCGAGGAGCUCGCGAAAGCCGAUCUUCAAGGUGUCCUUCCUCCCGCUAUCAUCAUGAGUGUUGCCGUCACAUCAACAACCACUUCGGGAAAACAACUUUCCGACGCAGAAUGGGGUGCUGUCCAGCGGGCAUGCGAUCUUGCAGACAGACUAGAAGAAGCCCGUAAAAAGAUUUUCAUGUAUGUCAGUUCACGAAUGAAUGUACUUGCACCCAAUCUGUCAGCUAUUGUUGGAACUACCACAGCUGCCAAACUGCUCGGAGUCGCCGGUGGACUCGCGGGUCUCGCCAAAAUGCCAGCCUGCAAUGCUCAUCUUCUUGGUGCCCAAAGAAAAAUUACUGCUGGAUUUUCAACGGCCACCCAAAAACGACAUACAGGAUUUAUUUUCCAGUCUGAAAUCGUUACGCAGACGCCUCCAGAGUAUCAACUCAAAAUUCAACGUACAGUCGGUGCUAAAUGCGUUCUCGCUGCCCGUAUGGACUUGGAGAGGUCUCGGAGAGAUGGUUCAUUCGGCGAGUCGCUUCGUGACAAAAUCGAAAAGCAUAUCGACAGAUUAGCUGCACCCCCACCUUCAAAAGUCACCAAAGCACUACCUAUUCCUGGAGACGGACCGAAAAAGCGUCGUGGUGGAAAACGAGCUCGCAAGGCGAAAGAGGCCUAUGCUCAAACUGAACUGCGGAAGUUGCAAAAUCGUAUGGCGUUCGGCGAGGCCGAGGAGGAGGUUGGUGCCUUUGAUCAGACAAAGGGUCUUGGUAUGAUGGGUUCAAGUAUGGGCAAAAUUAGAGCAGGGCUUGGAGAAGCCAAAAGUCGAGCGAAAAUGUCAAAGGCAAACAAACUGCGCACGGCUGCUAUCACCCGGUCUGCCCAGUCCUCUCAAUCGCAGACUUCAGGUACCGCGACAUCUUUGAGCGUCACACCCGCACAAGGUUUCGAGUUGACCAACCGCAGCAAGCAGCUCCAGCGAGUGAAGGAAGCAAACGAGAGGUGGUUCAGCGGUGGCACUUUCUCCUUUGUUGGUCAGAAAGGUACUUGA